UGUUACCUGCACAAAGAAUGGCAAUGGAAGAAGAAGAAAAAGAAGAAGAUGGAGCUGUUGUAUUUUUAGCAUUACAACAGUUUGACACUGCACUCUGUGUAGCUGAAGCUGCUUUAGUUAGCAGUGUAGCUUUUAUUGGUUAGUAAAGCAUUUGUAUGUGAGUCCCAGCAGCAGGCCAGUCCGUCAGUGUGUCUGUAGACAGCAGCUUGUUUCCUCACUGCUCCUCUGGAUGAACUCAGCUAGCUAACCUCCGUCAGCUAAGCUAACUGUGCUGUUGUUGUCGUUCACUAACACAGACGGCAGAUAGAGCAGUAGCCUGAAGCUGUUACUGUGGUGGAGGCGAAACGGCAACAGCACAGUCAUUGUUGAAGUGAAUUAAGGUGGGGAGAGUUGUCUCUGAGGGGCUAACUACACCAAACUUCAUUAAAAGUUGUCGGACUUCAGUGUUCCUUUGGUGGCUAAUAACGCCGGCCAGAGUGAGGCGGUAUCUGAGGACAACAGGGAGCUGAGAGUGGAGCUGUCAGGAGUGACGAAAGGAGGCCAAAGGCUUUUGUCUGCUCCAUGAAAACCCCCGUCCCUGUACUUUGGCCGCAGAGCACACCUCAGCAUGGUGAAGACAGCAAAGAUGGAGCUGCUGAGAGCGCUCGUCAGUGAGUGUCUGUCUGCAGCAGCCGAGGAGAUCUUCAAGAUAGUAGAGAGGACAAUUGUGGAGUAUGAAGAGGAGAUGUCCUGCUCAAAGUGGGUGGUGGACAGCCACCACAGACUGCUGGAUGUCGCCACGUCACAUAGCGAAGACUCUAUCCAGAUGUGUGCCACAGAUGAGCAGCAACAGCAGCCUCCUGCCAGUGUGAACUUUAGUGUGUGCUGGGAGGAACCAGACAACACUAGAAGAACUGCAGAACUGACGACAGACUGUCCCAGCAUUAAGAGAGGUCAACCACACACAUCCCCUGCCACUGAUGACGAUCACAGUGACCAGGACACACCAGUUGACAGUGAAGAAGAUGAUGUGAAGCGAGAGUGUGACUCGAAGACACCUCAAGAAAUCCUCAACGUGAAGAAACCCUUUAAAUGUCCUGUUUGCCUCGGUGGGUUUUCUUCCAAAAAGACAAUGGUGCGACACAUCAAAAAGCACCCAGAUAACAAACGUUCAUUUUACCAAUGCCAGUUCUGUGACCGCAACUUCUGCCACAAAUCUGAGUUCAUCAUUCACACCAGGAUACAUACAAAUGCCAAAUCGCACAGGUGCCAAGACUUUGAGAAGAGUUUCAAGCAAAGGGAUAGCCUGUUCAUUCACAGACAGCAACACACUGAGGAGAAACCCUAUUUGGAUUUUAGUGAAAAACCGGGAACAAAAACUCACCUCAGAUCAGUGACAGCUGACAGUAAGAUGGAGUCAGAACUGGAACUGAGACAAGAUGAAUCUGAGAUUAAGGCAUUUCCACUUACUGUCACUCCCUAUGACAAGAGUGAGUUUGAUCAGGAGUCUCUGCAGCCCCUCUGCCUUUAUGAAAUCCAGACUGUUGCUGAUAUAGAUAAAGACUCCUCCACUGUGUUUGCAUUAGAUCAUAUUAAAAGGGAAGCUGGACCUGAUAGUGGAGCUGAUGAGCAGCGUCUCCUUUCAGCAAGUCCAGCUCAAAAAGAAACAGAAGACAGGCAGCUAAAGCAUAUUAAUGUCACAAAUGUCCUUCCUAGGAGGACUGCAGGAAAAUCCACUGAGUUCAUCAUCCAGUUUGAAGCUGGAACCGCACAGAAACCCUACAAGUGUCCUUGCUGCACCAAAUGUUUCUCCUUGACCAAGACUUUAAUACGACACAUAAAGAUCCACACAGCGGACAAGCCUUAUCAGUGCCAGUUCUGUGGCAGGAACUUCUGUCAAAAGUCAGACCUGGUCAAUCACACAAGGAUUCACACAGGAGAGAGACCUUACCAGUGCCAAGAAUGUAACAAGUCCUUUACUCAGAAAGGCAACCUGGUGGUUCACAUGAGGAAACACACGGGGGAGAAACCGUAUCAGUGCCAAGAGUGUCGAUGUAGCUUCAAUCAGAAAUCUGCUUAUGAAUGGCACAUGCAGAGUCACAGGUAGUCACAGACUAUGAAACCAAAAUGUGUCUGUAGUACCAUGUUUGUCUGUCCUUCAGCCACUGUUGGGAGGUACUCACUUCUGGAGGGAAGCACCCCGGUUGCUUGAGCAGUUGUGAGACACUUUGUCCCAGUUGUCCGGUCGUAAUAAGCCUCUCUAAUUUUUACAACUGUACAAUAGGCAAUAUUAUUGGCUUCAUCUGUUAGUAUCGAAAUGUUUUGGAUCAUUUGUGUGUAGUUUUAACGAACACACUGCAGUGCCACGUGAUUUUUUUGUGUCUGCUCAGUUUAUGGUUCAUGAAACUGUAAAGUCAUGUCCAUAUGUAACAUUAAGGGAUAUUUUAUUUGCAGUAAAUUAUAGGCUGACUAUCUCUCACUUUAUUUUCUUUCUACUGGAAUGGUCAGAUGUAUAAGUUACGCUAUGCUCGCAGAAAUGCUGCUGCUGCAGAUAUGUGCAUUUAAAUAUCAAAACUGGAAACUCUGUCGUAAUCCAGUUAAUACAGCAGAUAAAAAAUUCUCCUGACUCUCCAAAUGGAAUUAUAUUUGUACUUAGUCAGAAAUUAAACAUGUAUGGACAGCCAUAAUGGUUCUAGAUUUAA